UAUAAAAAGCUUCCUUGUUUGACUUUGUGGGUUUAAGAUCGAUAUAAGUCGAUUUCUUGUAUUGCUAAUAGAAGCAUUUGAUAGUUGCGAAACAACAGGUUGAAACGUUGCUAACGAAAUCCCGCUAUUAGAGGCAUAUAAAAAUAUGAACGAUGAAAAGAUUGGAACUUUUACAUAAUUGCACAUAUUUAUGACUUACGUAGAGGACGAAGUAACAAUAUUCAUUUAGGCGUUGAAUGUUUCGGAUUGAAUAGCGGUUAAAGAUCUCAAAAGGCUGGACAAGAUGGGAAGUAACACAAGCAAUCAAAGCAAAAAGAAUCGAAAACAGAGUGGAAGUCAUGACAAACGAGGACAACCGCCCAUUACAAAUAAUGAUGACAGAACGGGAGAAGGUAACGAAGAAAAAAGCGGUGAAGAGAUAAACAUUCAUGAAAGUAACACGAGCUUAAAAGAAAGUUACGAACUAAUUAACCAAGACGAACAUAAAAAGAUACAACGUAACAAACUGGAAAACACAAUAAAGGAUUUAAAAUUACAUUUAACGAAGAAAGUACCAUACAACAUGUUAGAAAAUACACGUCAGCGUUUGGCUGAAUUGCAAAAGAAAAGUCGAGAAGAACACGCGAACGUCCACAAAACCAAUACGAAUGUACUUGAAAUAAGCAGACUGAAAAGAGAGAAGUCGAAACUCCUAUUCAAAUUAUCAGAAAUGACUUCCCAAAGGCUUCGCACAAAUAAUGCGGCCAUAACUGACUUGAGUGACCAAAAUCGAGCCACAAAAGUGUCUGAGCGGUUUUCGGAACUGUAUGACAAUGAGUGGACAGAUGUUUUUGAGUGGUUCACACAUGCAAAACAACUUUCUGAAAGGAAUGCGAUUGAUAUAUUGAGGAAUAUGUUUAGGUUGUGUUGCGACGAAUGUAAACGUGUCGCUGCUGCACAGCGUGAGCACAUCCUAGGAUACCUGAAGAUGCUACCGACUGUCAACAGCGACACCAUAGGGCCGCUCAGUCCAGCUUUGUUGCAUCGCUUGCAUGAGUUUCAAAAACUAAUAUCGUACAGAACAAUGGGACACCUGCAAAAGAUUAUUAUCGAUCGUAUUGGCAAGGAGGAUACACACAAAACUAUAAAAGAAGUUCAAUUUCUAAAGAACAAACAAUGCGUUGCUUUCGUUAACAAAGCUGUCGAUGUAUGCUGGAAUUCUCAUAUACAGAGUCCUCCGUCGGCGUUUAUAUUCGAGCCAUCUUCGGAGUUGGCAGGCACACAUUUCAAGCCCUAUACAGCCUCUGGAACCGAGCUUGAUUAUGUCGUAUGGCCGGCUAUGCUGUUGCACGAGGGUGGACCGAUCUUGUUGAAGGGAAUUGCACAGUUCACACAAAAUAUUAAAAAUAACCAAGAUGGACAAAAUAGUAGUGAUUCUGUCUGGUAAUGAGUUAUAAACCGAAAGUACAAACCAAAUGGAUACAUCCUUUAAUAAACAAAAAAUGUGUACAAGAAUGGGCGAAAUGACUGUUGGAUCUCCAUUUUAUAUACAUAAUUUUGGAAUCCUAUAUAAUAUUAUAACGAAGAAACGCUUUUUUUAAAUAUCACAGUGUAAUUACCAAUUCAAAAUUGUGUUAAGAGUAACAUGGUAAGUAUUGUGUAGAGUAUUAGUAAAAUGAUAAAAGUAAAAGACAUACUUGCUAUACAAUAUGAAAGAUUAAUGAACUCGAUAAUCAUAGUUUUGAUCCUUGUUUUGUGCUCUGUUUGUAUAUGUACUAUUGAAUAAAAUAUUUUUCUCUGUUAUAGAAAUUCCUAU